UAAGCUCUGACGGCUCCGAACACACUACCCUUAAAAAUGACGGAAGACAUAGACGUCGUCUUCAAGGAACCAAAGACGUUCAAACAGAUGCUGAAGCCGCUCAAUUGGUUCUGCUGGCUGAUGGGAGCUGGAGCCGGUAGAAUCGGAGGCUGGAAGAAGUGCUCGAUCCUGAUAAGGCUCUUCCACUUCACGGUGUGCUCGGUGGUAAUAGCCUACGGGAUAAUCGACUUCUUCACCAUCGGGAACAUCCUGCCGAGCGAGAUGUUCAAGAUAAUGUACUACAUGAACAAGGCUGUCACCUACGUCACGUCCUAUUAUUACGUAUUUCUCGGCGUGAUCCAUAAGAAAAGUUGGGAGAAAUUCAUCGAGAGGAUCGAUCACCUUGACAGGAAGAUACGGAGGGAAACGUCCUUCGACGAUCGCUCCACCAAAGUCAAGCAGAGCUUUGCCCUAGGCCUCACCAUACUUAUGGGUCCCAUUUCAGCCGUCUCUCAUAUCUUGUACUACAAGCUGACCGAUCCCACGCAGAUAUUCACCUCGGAUCUACUCGUCUAUUACACGAUAGCUCAGUCACUCAUCUCAAACUUUUGGUUCGACGUCGUUGUCUCCACGGUUCACCAGAGGUUUAAAAUUGUCAAUAAACUCAUUAAGCAGAUCGGAGACUCGUACGCCGCGCCCUGGAUCGUCCUCAAGAUCCAACGACUCAGGGAGCUGCAUCAUGAAAUCUGUGGACUGGUCAGCAUAGUGAACAAAGUUCACGGUACGCACUUGCUUUUGAGCUCUGCAAACUCGUUCAUGAUGGUCUUGGCUACGCUGUUCAGAAUCUACAUAGGGGUUGUGGAAUUGAAUUUUGGAUUUAUAAUGAUAAACAACGUGAUUUGGAUCGUUUAUGCGACUCAGUUUGCUCUGAAUUGUUUCGUGUGCACUUUCACCUGCCGCGAGGCAACAUCGACGGGAAUCCUGAUCCAUGAGGUCGGGCUUAAGAACAAUCAGCUAACGAACAAACGUCUGUACAAUAACACCGGGGUGCAUAAUAACAGACGGUCACUGAGCUACCAACCGGAAGCAAAAACCUACGAAGGAUCCUGCGUGCAGAACGAAAUCGCUCAUUUUUCCUCACAGCUGCAACAAAAUCGCGUGUCUUUCAGUGCCUGCCAUUUUUUUGAACUCAACAACGCGCUUCUGCAAGGCUUCGUUGGGGUCAUCACGACGUACCUGAUUAUCUUGAUUCAGUUUUACCAACCGGACCGAAAGUCGACAAACUUGGGCCUCACCGCCAGCAUGUCUAAUACAACUGAACCAUUUGACAUCUAUAACUCAACGGCUGCGGAUAGUUAGA